GAAGCACAACAAAUCAGAAUGGAAAAAAGAAAUAAAUAUUUGAGGGCAACACAGAUGUUCUGUUUUACGAUAAUACAAAUCACGCACCAUGUAUCACUUAUAUUGAAUAGCUGUCCACUUUUCUUAGUCUCUAGUUGAGCUAAAACAUCACCCUGUUACACCCGAAGAAAAUGUUGUACUCCUUGACAUUGGUCUCCUCCCUCGAGCACGCCUGGGCUCAAGUUAUCUGAGCUGGUGGCGGUGCCAUUGAUAGCAUCGCUCCACUUUGCUCUUCUUUGGAUGUUCCAGGGUGAGAGGGCAAUCAGCAGGUUGAAUUGGAACAAGGAGAAGGGUGUGUUGUCUGCGUCAUCAUCUUUCUGUUCGAAGGUGUUGUCUUAUGCACAGCCAUUUCCACGGACCAGCACUGCCUGUUUAAAUUUAGGGAGGAGUACAAAGCCCUGUCUCUCUUGAUUUAUCACCACUGGCACCUUGCUUCUACACAGCGGGGUCAGUGGUGGCACUGGCGCAGCAUGGAAGCUCACUCACAAUCCUGCUAGUAAACUGAGCAUGCUAAACUGUUAAUGGAAAACAAACAACACGAGAUUCGCAGAUAACGCAAGCAAUUAGCAACGUAUAAAUGGAAUGGUACAAUGUUAAUACAUAUUGUAAUUGUAGUAAACAAAGACAAAAAAAAGGAGCAAGGAGAAAGAAAACUUAUAUGUUGAAACAGCCCUGGCACUUGACAUCCUACACACAGGGACAAAUGGCAAUAAGGAAGAACAGUAGAGUACCCAAUUUUUUUCUCGAACGUGCAGGAGAACUGCACAUUAUUUGCACAUUAUUCUCGUAAAAGCCACUGGGAAUUGGAGCGUUCUCCGACUUCGCGGGACUUCCGAGCACUGCCCGUCGAUGCGUGGCUCGAACCCGAAGCCUUUAUUCAUUUCCGCUCUGAGCUUAUCCAAUUCGACAGCGCCGCAUCCGCCUCUCCCUCGAGGGCCUCGACCUAGCAGGCCACUGUCCACCAUUGUGCCCCGCGAGCGGCGAGCCAGAUCUAGCACCGUCGACGCGUCGCCCCCCGUCGCCUGCGCGCAUGGCGCAGCCUCGGCCCUUCGCUCGGUGCUCGCGGCCUCGUGUUCCAGCUGCCAGCAACAGGAGAUGGAUGCCCUUCUCGACCUUCAAGCUCGUGUCGGUGCGGGCGGCAUCGGGUUCCCCGCGGCCGAUCGAUCCUACCUCGGCAGGCAGCACAUCCCCACCAAAGGGGUCGUGGGCAUCGACGACGUGGACAGCGAGGCCUACGUCUCGCAGUUCUUCGUCGAUGGCUCGUUGUUCAUCGCUGGAUUUUGGAAGCGCGUCAGAGUCUACGACGCCGAGAAAGGAUGGAAGACCCAUUAGGAUAUAAGCUGCAAAAGUGUGCACUAGAUGGUUCCUGACACGCCCGGAUUUAAGGGCAAACCUGGGUGGUCUCAAAUGUGUACUAGGAUCAAGUCUCACACAUAUGAUAACUCAUGUUACAUAAAA